AUGGCGGAGGAACCGUCCGCCAAGCGUCAUCAUGCCGAGACGUCGGACAAGAGGAGCAACCUCGUCAACAUUAACGUCCCCGGCGAGAAGCGCGAGUACACCAGAACGCUCAAAGGGGUUGAGCUCCACGGCAAGGAGACGCUGGAGAUCGUCUGCACCAGUGAACCAGACAAGGCCGACAAGGUGAUCUCCAGGCUCUGGAUGAAGCUUGGUGGCAGGUUUCGUAGGAUCGUCGGUGUUGGUGUGCACUACACCAACGAAGAUGAACCUCCCCAGAUGGCAGCAGUCCUGCAGUUGUGCGUCGAAGAACUAUGCUUGGUGUACCAGAUCGCAGCGGCCACAAAAUGGCCCAAGCGCCUGACCGACAUGCUGCAGCAUGACAAGUUGAUCACAUUUGCCGGUUUCAGCAUUGAAAGCGACAAAGAGAAGCUGAAGUUAUCCGGUAUGGAGAUCAACCCCAACAAGUUCAUCGACAUUCAGCGCAAGUGGAGAGUUCCAUACACUGGAAAAGAGUACGACUCCUUGAAUAAUGUUGCAGCCAGCGUCAUCCACCCAUUGUACAAAGGCAUGAAGAACAAGAUCAACACGCAGGAAGACUACACACUGUAG